AUGGUCGACACCUGCCACGUCUAUUACUCUAACUUAUGGAGUAGGGGCGACAUGGCAACUGCCGAUAAGUUCCUCGACCCGCAGUUCGUUUACCGGGACUUGUGCAGCGUAUCGGGUUGGGCCCAACAGUCGCCUUCCUCGACACUGCCCCUAACCGGCAUGGUGGUUGGACCCCGGGCAUUCAAAUCGAUGAUUGAGGACGUCCGCUCGCAAUACCCAGACUUUUACGUGGAGGUCGAGGAGCUGGCGGUGAGCGACAAGCACCGCAUCUUUGUCAACUGGGUCAGCCACGGCACGCAGCUAGAGGCCCCACCGGCAGCACCGGCGGACGUCUCCACCGGCCCCGCUGCCUGGAAGCAUGGACGGUCCCUGUCGCCAACCUCAGCUCAUGCCUCCGUCUCCGCGGCAGCCCCUCCCUCCUACCACAACAACCUGGUGCGCGGUGUGGACGUCAUCACGUUCAACCACGACCGAAGCCGCAUGCUAGAGGUGAAUGUGUACCGGCAGCUGAGCUCGGAUGAGCGGCGGGACGUGGAACGGCGACUGGCGCCCAACCCCCUCGAGAUGCGCCUGGCAAGAUUGCACUGGGAGCGCCCGCAGCAACAGCAGCCCCGUCGUUGA